GUUCACUUGGCAACUACUGGAAACACGGGUUUGGAGAGGGAAAGUUAGAGAAAGAACCCCCCAGAGCAACAGCGCAUCGAAAACAGGCAUCUGUGGAACACAAAAUAAAGUUACACAUAUAUCCAUUUAAAAUAAGGACAUGGUUAAGCAAACUAUUCAGAUUUUUGCGCGAAUCAAACCUACAAAGAAAAUUGCUGGGGUGUUCUCAGUGGACGAUGAGGAGCAUGGCAGCACUAACUUGGAGUUCCUCAUCCCUCACGACUUAGCGGACGGCUUUGUCAAUAACAAGAAAGAGACCUACAGAUUCAAGUUUCAGAAGGUCUUUGAUCAAGGAGCCAAACAGGAGGAUGUCUUUGAAAAUAUUGCAAAGCCAGUGGCUGACAGCGUCCUGUCUGGGUACAAUGGCACUAUCUUUGCGUAUGGGCAGACGGGCAGUGGCAAGACCUUCACCAUCACAGGGGGAGCAGAGCGGUACAGCGACAGAGGUAUCAUCCCCCGCACACUCUCCUAUCUCUUCCAGCAGUUCCAGAAGGACAGCACUAAAGUCUACACAACCCAUAUUUCCUACUUGGAGAUCUAUAACGAAUGUGGGUACGAUCUCCUGGAUCCAAGACAUGAGGCUGCCAGGCUGGAGGAUUUGCAGAAGGUGUCCAUCAUGGAGGACCCAGAGCAGAACAUCCACCUAAAGAACCUGUCAUCUCAGCAGGCAGCCAAUGAGGAAGAGGCACUCAACCUGCUCUUCCUGGGAGACACCAACCGCAUGAUUGCUGAGACCCCGAUGAACCAGGCCUCCACCCGCUCCCACUGUAUCUUCACGAUCCACGUGUCUGGCCGCGAGCCGGGCUCUGCCACGGUGCGGCAUUCCAAACUGCACCUGGUGGACCUGGCAGGGUCCGAGCGUGUGGGUAAGACAGGGGUGGGGGGGCAGCUGCUGACCGAGGCCAAGUACAUCAACCUGUCGCUGCACUACCUGGAACAGGUUAUCAUUGCUCUCUCUGAGAAGAAUCGCUCCCACAUUCCUUACCGGAACUCCAUGAUGACCUCAGUGCUGCGGGACAGUCUGGGUGGAAACUGCAUGACUACCAUGAUUGCCACACUCUCCGUGGAGAAGAGGAACAUAGAUGAAUCGAUCUCAACAUGUCGCUUUGCACAGAGAGUAGCGCUGAUCAAGAACGAGGCUGUGCUCAAUGAAGAGCUGGACCCAGGACUGAUGAUCAUCCGCCUGAAGAGAGAGAUCCUGGCGCUGAAGGACGAACUCGCCAUGGUGACCGGAGAGCAGAGAACUGACCAACUCACAGAAGAUGAGCUCCAGAAACUUGAGGAGAGAAUGGAGGUGUUCCUGGAGGACUCUGACCCUGACGCUGCCCUGGACGUGGGUGCCGACAUGCGAAAAAUCCAGCACUGCUUCCAGAAGCUGAAGAUCUUGGUCACAGAGAGGCGGUCCAGUCCAUCCAGCCUGAGAAAGGGAGACCAGCUCUCUUCACCCCAUCUCCCAGACAGCACCCUAGACGUGGAGAGUGACAGCACUCCCCAGAUGAAUAAACUGAAAGAACUGCUGCAGCAGAGAGACAACGAGAUCACUAUUCUGGUAAACAUGCUGAAAAAAGAGAAGAAAAGGGCCCAGGAUGCUGUGACCCAGCUAAGCGCCAGCUCCAACGGACACUCGCUGUCCCAGGGUUCCCUGGGCUCUUCGGGGACAGAGCCUGCCGAGGCAUCAGGGAGGUUGUUCAGUGAGCUUCAGACCAGGGGAAGCCUUGCAGGGGACAGCCCUCUGCACCACACAAUAGGAGGGGAGAUGUCACUGGGGCGCCAGGAGGCCUUUGAGAUCUUCCGGAGGGAUCAUGUGGAUAUCAUCACUAUCGAGGACAACAAGGCACUGCUCAAGCAGAGGUUUGCUGAAGCGAAAGCCCUCGGGGAGAAGGUGAAGUUGGCCAGAGUCAAAGUCAAUGAGCUGAAAGCCCAGAUAGAACAGAGGAGAAUGCAGAGGGCUGCCCAUGGAGUAAUCAGCAGCACUGUAGACCUUGCUGAACCUGACCCUGUAGAGGAAGAGCUACGAGUUCACAUUGAGGAAGAGAAGAAGAGCUACAAAGCAACCUUUGGGCGUCUCAAAGGCCUAAAGACGGAGAUUGAGCACUUGCAGCUACUGCUGGAGCGGGCCAAGGUGAAGCUGCAGAGGGACUUUGAAGUGUGGUGGUCCGAAGAGGCUGCCAGGCUACAGCCACAAGAGGAACGAUCAGGAAGAGGUGCAUCAGAAAAUGCGUGGAGAACCCCUGCUGUGUCUAAUACAAAGUCCCAGAAAAGCAAUCACAAAACCAGGGAGUUUGAUUCCAGUCUUUCUGCUGUCCCUUCUGCUUCAGACCUGAGAAGCUUCAAUCCGAGUCAUGCUCCUACAUCCAGAGAGUCAUCUGCGAGAAGUCAUUUGGCGAGUCGCACGGCAUCGACUUCCAGUCUCAGAGCUCCUGGAAUGCUGGUCUCCCCAAUUCCUCUUACCGGGGACCAACAGACCGACGCAGACAUCCUGGCUUUCGUCCAGGCCAGACAGAGCCUCCUGCAGAGGAAAGGGGGGUCUGCUAAUAAAUAAAAGUUACAGACGUACUUACUGAACAGACAUUGGAAUACCCGUCUGUACUACGCUGCCAUACUAUCCAAGAAGAUCUAGAAGAUCUAGAAGAUCUUCUGGCAACACCAGAGGGACAAGACUGCAGAAAUACUGCAGCUUCCAGAAAAACUGUUUCACAGAGAGAAGAGUGGAGGACCAAUCCAUUGCACAGACACUUCCACAUCUUUUCCAUACCGAGAUGCAGUGUUGUCAAAACAGGCAUUCCCUGCAGUCAUCAUAGGUCCCCAGGUUGAGUGCAAUUGCCAAAGUACUGUUUGUCAGUGUAUCACCCUGAGCAGUAAGAAUAUUGUGUGUUUCAAGGAUCUUAGAUGCACUAUCAUCCCAGUGGAAGUCAUCAAAUGGAAAAGAGGGGCAAAUUGAGCUGUUCUACACUAGUAAAACCAGUACACACUGUGCCUGGAACAGACCAAGAGAGGCAGUGUUGGAACCAACAGACAGACAUUGUUUGGCCCGGUGGUCCAAUAAGCUGUAAAGGAAUGUAGUAAAGCAGACCAAAUGGCAACAAACACAAAAUCCUUAUCUAUAGAUCGAAUAACAUCUCAUUGCAUUGAGAUGGUAAAAGGAACAAGGUUAGAUUAUUCCAAGUCGAUUAAAGGAUAAUCAGUCUCUCUUCAGAUGUAUAGCCUUUGUGUGAAUUCCUAAUCCUUUAAUGCAAGCUAACACAAUACCCCGCCUUGAAUAAGAUAAUAACUUAUGUUAGGGAAUCAAAGAAUCACUGUAAAGCCACAGAACCAAUAUCUAUUUUAUUGUUAUUUUCAAGGUAUCUAGAGUAUCAUCAAUAAAAUGUCACUUAUAUUUUAUUUUGUUCUAAUAAAAACUUAAAUUUUUGUGACCUGAA